CCCUGUUCUGGAAUUCAGGAGGAAGAAGAGGUUGCAUAUCGUAUUUGGACAUUUUGGUUUUUUGCCUGUCAGCUUUCCAUUUUGUCAAUUGUGUGUAAAUUGAAUGGUUUAAUUUAAGAGUAAACUUAUCUUUUAAAAUUAACUCCGCCUCUUCGGGCUGCGUUACUCAACUGGGGGUCCUAUAGUUGGGCUUGUUAAUUCUCAACAAGUGGAGCUGGGAAAGGAAGCCUUCUGCAAAUAUUGAUCAUCCCCAAUUCUCUGCAACCUGCUUUCUUUGGUGUCCGUUUCUCUCCCGCGAUCGAUCGAUCAAUUGGUAGGUGAGCGGGUGAAUGAUUAACCCCCGUUGAAGUAGUGGCAGGAGUUAAAACUUAUCUUAAAAGGAAGCAAAUUUGCAUGCACCCCCAACGUUGCUUGGAGUUCCUAUUUGAUCCUUCAGCCCUGAGAUAUUCCAGAAAAAUUCCAAGGUAGUUUGGUACUUUAAAAAAAAGAGGCGGUGGGGGAAUUAAUGAAAGAGAAGACGAUGAAAAUCUACAUUUUUUCCAUCACGCUUGCUCUGGUUUCGGGUCUAAGGAACACCACAACUAGGCCGGAGGAAAUAACAGCGGGCGUUAAGACAACAGCUGAACCUGAGUAUGAAGUCUAUCAACCCCAAGACGUUUCCCGUGACUGCGGACGUAACCCUUGUAGAAAUGGGGGCGUGUGUUUCAGGGAAUGUGACCAAUGUUCUCAGCGCUGCGUCUGUCCUGCAGAAUUCACGGGGACACAGUGCGAAGUUGCGAAGUGCUUUGAUGAGACUCUGUCUGAAUACUUUGAGCCGGGAGACAGGUGGGCCAGAAUCUACCAAGGCUCAAUACAAGGAUGCAGCUGUGUGAACAGCACAGCCGACUGCCAUCCAGAAAUGUAUACAGGCUGUCCCUCCGACCCCUGCCUGCCUCGGGGCACCCGCUCCUGCAGGAGGACUUUCUUCUCGGACAGAACCAUCUGCCUCUGCAACCACCUUUUCAGAGGGAGACACUGCAACGUGGCUCCAAGUCAAAACUGCUAUCGGGGUAAUGCGACCGAUUACCUGGGCCUGGCCAAGAAGACCAUUUCUGGAGAUGAUUGUCUCCCAUGGACCUCCCACCUCUUCUCCUACGAGGACUCUCAAACAAGCACGGUGCAGUUGGGAUUGGGCUCACAUUCCUACUGCCGAAGUCCAGAUGGGGACGAGCAACCGUGGUGCUAUUUCAUUAAGGACGGCAGGCUGUCUUGGGGAUACUGCAAUGUGUCAUCAUGCCAAAGCGGGCGCAGGCAGCCACUACCGGCACCACCAAACUUCCUCCCAGACAUCGAGGUUGAGUUUGCCGCGGUGAAGAGGCCCUGUGGGAGGAGGCACAAGAAGCAGCAGUUUGUAAGACCCAGGAUUGUGGGGGGGUCUUCUGCCUUGCCAGGAUCCUACCCCUGGCUGGCUAGCAUCAACGUGGGCGGGAAUUUCUGUGCCGGAAGCCUCAUUCGCUCCUGCUGGCUGGUCACAUCGGCCCACUGUUUCGCUAACAGCCCGCUGACUUCAACCAUCCACGUGGUUUUGGGGCAACAUUUUUUUAACCGAACAACAGACGUCACCCAAGAGUUUAAGAUCGAGAAGUACAUCCUCCAUCCUGACUACUCGGUUUUCAACCCAACCGAAAACGAUAUCGUUUUAAUUAAACUCAAGAAAGUCAAGGAACGCUGUGCCGUCAGAUCCCGAUUCGUCCAACCCAUUUGCCUGCCAGAAGCUUCCAUGUCCUUUCCAGACCAUCACAAAUGCUACGUUGUCGGAUGGGGAUACUUGCAUGAAAAUUCAUCCAGAUACUCCAACGUGGUGCAAGAGGCAUUAAUUCCGAUUAUCCCAGACUACAAGUGUCAGAACGCAGACGUCUACGGAGCAGAAAUCAGCAGAAAUAUGUUCUGCGCUGGUUACCUUGACGGCCGGUCGGAUGCUUGCCAGGGAGAUUCCGGGGGUCCCCUGGCCUGUGAGAGGGACGGCGCCUUCUACUUGUACGGGAUCGUCAGCUGGGGUGACGGCUGUGGGAAAGCCAUGAAGCCGGGAGUUUACACCAAGGUGACAAACUACAUCAGUUGGAUCAACCAGGAGAUACAUCGCCCACCCAAAGGAUAAGGGUGGCUUCGUAGAGGGUCCGGUCCCCUUCACGUGGGGCCCAGGGAACAACUUCCCUCGUCGCUCUGGACAAUUCCGAAUGCUCUUUGUAACGAACGUUUUCUUUUUAAUUGUGGCGCAGAACUAGGGGGAGAAAGCAGACUCCAAAAUACAAGAUGUCCUUCAAGGGACUCCGAUUUAUCCUUUCUGGGAUGGGACUUGCCAUCCUUCCUUUGGGAUUUCUGCCUGAUUUUCCGUUUAACAGCGUAGGAGAGGAGUGUGUGUGUCCUCCUGUGUGGGUCAGAAUAACAGAAUUGGAAGGGACCAAUAUGGAAAUA